AUGGCUUCUGCGGAGCACAGCAAGAAGCUGCGACUCCUGCUCAUCCCCUUCUUCGCCACCAGCCAUAUUGGCCCCUUCACCGACCUCGCCGUCCGCCUUGCCACAGCCAGACCAGCCGACGUCGUCGUCGAGGCCACCGUUGCUGUUACGCCAGCCAAUGUCGCGGUGGUUCGAUCAGCUCUCCAGCGGCAUGGCUCAGUGGCGAGCGGCAUGGUCAGCGUUACCACGUACCCAUUUCCGGCCGUGGACGGUGUCCCGCCGGGCGUGGAGAACCUCUCCGCCGGCGGCGGCGAAGGGUGGCGCAUCAGCGCUGCUGCCUUCGACGAGGCACUGACACGGCCGGCGCAGGAGGCGCUCAUCAGGGACCGAUCCCCUGACGCCCUCAUCACGGACGCCCACUUCUGGAAUGUCGCCGUCGCCGACGAGCUCGGCGUGCCGUGCGUUUCGUUCAGUGUCAUCAGUUUGUUCUCCGGGCUCGACAUGCACCUCCUCGCCGCCGCCGCCAUCACGGACGACUCCGAUUCGGAGGAGGCCACCGUCGCUGGGUUCCCGGUGCCGGAGGUGCGGAUCCCGCGGUCCGAGGUUCCGGAUUUCUUGACCAGCCGGCGCAAUCUCGACGGAAUCGACCUGCACAAUCGCUAA